AUGAAGAAAGUGGCUAACAAACAGUCCCCGCCCAAGCUGUACGAAAAGAAGCGGGCCAAGGCACCCGAACAGCCCACACCCCCCAUCCAGGAGGARCCUGAGCCUGUGAGCAAUGUCCUACAAGGAGAUGACAUUCUUGCCUUAGCCAUCAAGAAGGAAGACUUGAAGAAGCAACACAGUCCUCGCCUUCCUGAAACAGAGGACAAGCCUUUCAUUUCCCAGAAAUUUAUCAUCCGCAAACCCAAACCCAAGGAUACUAGGAGGAAGAUCUGCCACUUAGUAGCACAUCCUGCUAAUCCAGAAGUAGCCACAAAGCCCCUCGACUACUCUGGUCCAGGUGACCACUUUGAUGGCAGUGAUCAGAUCCUGCCUCACCACAUCUUGGGGAGUCUCCAGGACUUUAAGAGAAUUGCGAUUGCUAGAGGGAACACCCAGCUGGCUGAGCUGAUCCACAUCCCACCCAGUCUGAUGACCCUCAUCUCAGCUAAGGAAGAACCACAGCAGAAAGACCCAAAGGAAGAGAAGCGACAUCCCUGGGUCCCACCUCCUCAGCAGAACUUUCUGAAAAAUUGGCAGCGUCACAUCACCCUGAGAAAGAAGCAGCAAGAAGCCCUUAGUGAGCAUCUGAAGAAGCCUGUCAGUGAGCUGCUGAUGCACUCCGGGGACACCUACAGACAGAUCCAGGAGGAGCGGGAGCUCAUUGACCGGAUACUUCCAACACAACAUGAUGGGAAAGAUACUAGUGUGUUCUGGAGUCCACUGGAAUACUUGGGAGAUGAGAUGACAGGUCUGGUCAUAACCAAAACAAAAACUCAGCAUGGCUUCGUGGAACCCAUUGCUCGAAUCAGGAAGCCCCGGUCCAUCCAGGUGGAAACAGGACUGCCAGCCCAGAAGGAUGCGUGGUACCGCUAUACCUGGGAUCGGAGUCUGUUUCUAAUCUACAGACGCAAGGAGCUGCAGAGUAUCCUGGCUGAGCUGGAUUUUAGCCAGCAGGAUAUUGAUGGCCUGGAGGUGGUGGGCCGAGGGCAGCCAUUCUCAUCUGUCACGGUGGAAGACCGUACAGUGUUYGAAAGGCUCCUGGAAAGCCCCCCUGAAGACAAAGUGCGCUUAGACUUAGUGGACAACUGCCCUGAUUCGGACUCUAUGCCUGUUCUCGGCCCUUCACUGCUAUUCUGUGGGAAGCCAGCUUGCUGGAUCAGAGGCAGCAACCCGCAGGACAAGAGGCAAAUAGGAAUUGGUGUUCGAUUGACUUUCGAAACCCUUGAAGGGGAGAAAACAUCUUCAGAGCUGACUGUGGUCAAUAAUGGCACUGUGGCCAUUUGGUACGAUUGGCGACGGCUGCCCCAGCUGGACUCUUUCCAACACUUGAAGAGAGACAGGAUGCAGCAGUUUUACUUUAACAUCCGGGAAGGUGUGAUUCUGCCUGGGGAAACGAAAAACUUCACCUUCUUCUUUAAGUCUUCGAGUGCUGGCAUCUUCAGGGAAUGUUGGGAGUUCAAAACUCAUCCCACCCUACUGGGAGGGGCGCUCUUGCAGGUCAACCUCCACGCAGUCUCCCUGGCCCAGGACAUUUUUAAGGAUGAGAGGAAGUUGCUGGAGAGCAAGCUGGCCACUCAUGAUGCAGUCUCCAUAGCGAAGGAUGUGCUGCAGGAGCUGCUGAGGGGGAUCCUGACCCCGGAGCGCAUGCCUUCACCCGUGGAUGCCUAUCUCACUGAGGAGGAGUUGUUCUGCCAUAGGAAUCCUCACCUGUAUUACCAGCACCAUGUGGUACAAAACCUGCAUCAACUGUGGAACCAGUGCAGGAUCCUGUCUGCCAAGUCUGAGGAAGCCCGGGCAGGUGAGGAAGAGCACCUGAGCCCCAGGGUGCCAGUGACCCCAUCUGCCCAUCUGGARAAGGAGUCGUCAAAUGUGGACAACAUGACAAACUUCAGGAACCCAGUCAGGGAGCCUCAACCAUCCCGGCAUGAGAAUGAGGCCCACAGCAACUUUCGAGAUUACUCCACGUUCCAGAAGACUAGAGUGGGGACCAAGAUUUCACAGAGGAAGAGCAUCAUGGAGGAGAUCCUGGUGGAGAUCCCAGAGGUGGAUAGCACAUGGAGCCCUUGCGAGCCGCCAGGUGUCCCCCUGACUGAGUGGAACCUCUGCCUGAAGGAAUUCAGAAAGGCAGUGAUGAAGCUUCCAGAAGACCACCAGAAAGAGGAUGCCCUGAUCAGCCUCAACAAGGCAGCCUUGGAGCUGUGCCAGGAGCAGAAGCCAUUGCAGUCCAACCUCCUGCACCAGCUGUGUUUGCAGCUGUGGCGAGAUGCAAUUGACAGCCUGGUGAGCCACUCCCUGUGGCUAAGGGUUCUGCUAGGCCUGCCUGAGAAGGAGACUGUCUAUUUGGAUGUUCCAGAAGAGCAAGAUCGAAAAUCACCUCCCAUCACGGAAGUGAAGACGACAGCUGGAAAAAUUGGGAAGGAGACAGAAGGCCGAAAAGGAGCAAUGCAGGAAAAGAAGCAACUGGGAAUCAGAGACAAAGAGGACAAAAAAGGAGCCAGGAUGGCAGGGAAAGAGGACCGUGUCAACAGCAAGAAGCAGAAGGCAAAGGAUGACAAGAAAAUACUGAAAUCUUCAAGUCGGGACAGGCUUUCCUCCGACGACCCUGCCCCUGACAGCACCGUUCCUUCCCACGAACCCAUAGAUCCCCUGGUCAAGGAGAAAUAUAUGCGGAGGAUGCACACGGAGGUCUUUGAACUGCUGAAUGUCCUAGUGACUGACCUGAUGAUCUUGGCUGACGAGCUCAGCCCCAUAAAGAAUGUUGAGGAAUCUUUGCAUCUCUGCAGCUGA